GACGCCCCCUGCUGGUGACUUGGUAAAAGUGAAGUGCGCGUUGACGUCACGUCACGUGACGCAGUCUCCCAGGCAGCGGCUGAGACCAUUUGGCGAAGAUGGCGGAUUCGCUGUCGACAGGUCCAGGAGAGGAGAAAGAAAAGGAGAARGUGGACAAGGAGAGGGACAGGAAGACCGUCAGAACGGACAAGAACAAAGACGAUGACGGAGUCACCGAGUCGCUGCGGUUCAAUGGCAAAAAGAGCGACGCUAGAGGCCAAAACCUGAACCUGUCCGACUUAUCACUGGCCAGAUUUAUAACCACUGAGCUCACCAGAGGCUACUUUCUGGAACACAACGAGGCCAAAUACACAGAGCGCAGAGAGAGGGUGUACACCUGCCUCCGCAUCCCCAAGGAGUUGGAAAAGUUGAUGACUUUCGGCUUCUUCCUGUGUCUGGAUACCUUCCUCUAUGUGUUCACGCUCUUACCCUUGAGAGUAAUUCUGGCUCUUUUACGGCUCAUCACCGUGCCAUGCUGCGGCCUCAGGGGCUCCCGAUUGCUCCAGCCAGCCCAGGUGUGUGAUGUGCUGAAGGGCUUCAUUAUGGUGCUGUGUUACUCCAUGAUGAGCUACGUGGAUUACUCCAUGAUGUACCACCUCAUCCGGGGACAGUCUGUCAUCAAACUCUACAUCAUCUACAACAUGCUGGAGGUGGCAGAUCGUCUGUUUUCGGCGUUUGGCCAAGACAUUUUGGACGCCCUGUACUGGACUGCGACAGAACCCAAGGAGAAGAAGAGAGCACACAUUGGUGUGAUCCCUCACUUCCUCAUGGCUGUGCUCUAUGUCUUUCUUCACGCCAUCCUCAUCAUGGUUCAGGCCACGACUCUAAAUGUCGCCUUCAACUCCCACAACAAGUCUCUGCUCACCAUAAUGAUGUCAAACAACUUUGUGGAAAUCAAAGGAAGCGUGUUCAAGAAGUUUGAAAAGAACAACCUCUUCCAGAUGUCUAAUAGUGACAUAAAAGAGAGGUUCACCAACUACAUCCUCCUGCUCAUCGUCUGUCUCAGGAACAUGGAGCAGUUUUCAUGGAACCCUGACCACUUGUGGGUCCUCUUCCCAGAUGUUAUCAUGGUGAUAUUCUCCGAGGUCGCAGUGGAUGUUGUGAAGCACGCCUUCAUCACCAAAUUCAACGACAUCAGCGCCGACGUGUACGGAGAAUACAGAGCCAGCCUGGCCUUUGACCUCGUCAGCAGCCGGCAGAAAAACGCUUACACAGACUACAGCGACUCAGUGUCCAGAAGGAUGGGCUUCAUCCCUCUUCCCUUAGCUCUGCUGCUCAUCAAAGUAGUGACCAGCUCGGUGCGGAUCCAGGGCUCUCUCUCCUUCAUGUGUGUGCUGCUGUUUUACUUGGGGAUGAUCACUCUGAAGGUGCUCAACAGCAUCGUUCUCCUCGGGACGUCCUGCACGUUUGUCAGAGACGCCAACAUGGAGGAGAAGCUCUUCGACCCUCCUCCCUCCGUCGCCUCCAGCCGGGCCAACUCCCGCGCUCACCGGAACAAAUCCGUCCCCACUGCGCUGCAUCAAGAGCCCACAGCAGACAAAGCAGGAUUAUCCCAGGCGUUUGAAGUCGCUCAGCCCACAGACACGGCGGAGACCACCGCACCCACGAUCCCCAAGAGCGACUCGGACACGUUCCUGACGACGCCGGAUGAGGAGGACGAUGAUAAAAUCAUAAACACCGACACGGGGUUGGAAGGAGACGCACUCAGACACAGAACACCCAAGAAGGACUUGUUGGAGAUAGACCGAUUCACUAUCUGUGGCAACAGAAUAGACUGAGUGUUGCAGGAACCGUGGACCAGACAGGGGUCAGUGAGCACGCUCAGACCCAGCUCCUUCUUAUGCAGCUGAACCCUUUGAGUAUUUAUUUAUUUAUUACUGUUAAAAAACAGAACAGCCAAGGAAUAAAGCUGUUACAUCAGAAGCCCCGUCGAGCGCUUCCAGCUCAUCUCACACGUAGACGAUGAACCACGGAGGCGGAGAGGAUCGCCGUCACCACAGGAGUACAGAUGCACUUAAAGAUGACGGAGUAACGUGAGCGCAGGAGCGUUACAGCUGGACUGCGUGGUUGUGUGUUCAAAAGCACAAUCUUAACUUAGAGCAACAAGUUGUUUUUAGAAAAGAACAAAAAUUUGUCAAAUAGUUCGUUUUUUUAAUUUAAUUUUAAGAGACAGACACUUUUGAAACCUUUAAAGAUCUUUUUUAUAGCAGAGCUCGUUUUUGUCUAACUUUACCAUGCUCAGCUGCUGGUCUGUGACUCACCGCCACUUAAACAUGUUUUCAAAAUCUCUGUCAUAAUUCAGACUCCAACACUAAAGAAACUGAGCUGGACUGAUGAACAGAGCUGCUGCGACUUUCUCAAGGAGCGCGAAGCUGUUUGUGUCGAUGUUACUUCGAAGCACUGAGUGACCACCCAAGUCACACGAGUUCAGGCGACAUUUUUUUAAAGUAUUGUUUUCCUCCCACAGUGUGCUUGAUUUGUACUUUUCUCAAUCCAACAUGUAGCCUGUUGGUAAAACCAUUACAGCAGCUUUGAGCUUUUACGUAGAAAAGUGUGUUUUUAUGCUUCGGGUCUUGAUUGAAAUGAUAAAUUUCACGGCACUGAUGGGAAUUGUGCAAAAUGUUUUCAGGAAAGAGUUCAGUUAUUGAGAUAAAUCUGAUUUAAAAUGCUGUGUUCUGAGCUCUUUAAAAAAAGCAAACAAAAAAAGCUGGAUUGUAAAGUUAUCGCUGUUGACUGUUAUUGUUUAUUGGCUUGGAAUAUGAAGGAAAGUUGUGCUUCAGUAG